UUAUUUAUUGCUUAACAUUCCAAUUGAUCUCUAAGUGAGGAAACCUCUUAAAAAGCAAUGGCAAACAAUCCGUCGCAGCUUCUUCCGUCAGAGUUGAUAGACAGGUGCAUAGGGUCCAAAAUCUGGGUGAUAAUGAAAGGGGACAAGGAACUCGUGGGUACUCUAAGAGGCUUCGAUGUCUACGUCAAUAUGGUCCUCGAAGAUGUCACUGAAUAUGAGAUCACUGCUGAAGGAAGACGGAUCACAAAGCUUGAUCAAAUUUUACUUAAUGGAAACAACAUUGCCAUUUUGGUCCCGGGAGGCUCACCUGAUGUGGAAUAAGAGUGUAUGCUCCAUGUUUCUUUAAUGAUAUUAGUUCCAGGCUAUAUUCUGUUUUAAUGAGAAAUCUGGUGCCAAAAGAAAGCUCUUAUUAUUUAACUCAAUUCACUGUAAGGAUCUUGAAAUUUGGUAGGAAGUUUGCCACAGUUACUGUAAUGGUUAAUGAUUGAUUAUGUUGAUCAGAAAAUUUCAAAUGCUUUUAGUUC